AAAAGACGCUAGUCACUCGCGAGCCACCCAGGGGAACUUCAUCAUCAUAUGAUCCCAGUGGGAGUCAAACCUGCUCCGGGGUGGCAGAGAAUAGAGAGAGAGGAGAGCGAGAGAGAGAUAGAGAGCGAGAUAGAGAGCGAGAGCGAGAGCGAGAGAGAGGCAAACUAUCGUUAGAGGGAGAGAGAGACAGAUAGACAGAUAGACAGAGCGAGAGACAUCAAGAGGCAGAGAGAGAGAAGCCGUACAAUUUCAGACGGCGUUGAAAGAAAGACGGAGAACUGAAAAGGAGAGGGAAGGAAGCACAUCCACCCGGGAAGAAGAAGAAGAAGAGCACAGAACAUGUCUGGUCGGGAGAAGGAACCCAAGUCAACCAACUCCCCCACAAGGUCCACCAGAAUACACUGAGAUGGAUGGAGCCCAGAGAGGAGCUGAUAUCUGCUGUCGCGUUGUUACCAGGGGUGCAGGCUGCAGCACCUACAACAAGCAAUAGAUCAACACAGCCCUUUUGACAAUUCUUCAUUCAUCCGUCCGUCCAUGGCGUCAUCCCAAGUCAUUUGACUUGCUACACUGCUGGAAUAUACCGGGAGGAUUUCUUCUGCCUGCAGGAGUUCUCCGUUUGGGUGGAAGGUGUUUCCACAGACAUGGCUUUGCGUCGGACCCUUGCACAGUCAAUACACGGGACGCCACGGCACCUACUUCUCUUGCAUCUCGUGUGCUUCUGUAUACUGAGCAGAAACCGUGUAGCUGCAGCUGAUGCCGCGGGCCACCCAGCAGCUCCUGUCGACGUUUCAGACUUGCUACAGUCCCUUAAUUUGCCUCAGAACACAGAAUACGAGAUCGUCGCUCCGUACGAGGUGGAUCACCGAGGCCAGUUCCUGUCCCACCAGGUCAGCCACAAAGAGCGAAGGAGACGCCGCAGGUCGCUACCGCAAGACACCCGCCUGGACGCCAACGCCGACGCUAGCGCCGAUGCUAACACUCGGGAGGGCGGCGAAACGGUCCACUUCCGGCUCAGCGGCCUGGGGCAGGACUUCCAUAUGGAGCUGAGAGAGGCCUCCGCGGGGCUCAUCGCACCUGGCUUCAGCGUCCAGGUCCUGGGAAAGCACGGCGACCGGGGCCCCAGGGCGUACUACAACCACCGGGAGGACCUCUGCUUUUACCAGGGGUCGCUGAAGGCAAGGGUCAACUCCUCCGUGGCCCUCUCUACAUGCGCGGGGAUGUCAGGUUUGAUCCGAACGCCGGACGCAGACUUCUUCCUGAGGCCCGUGUCCCACAUCGUAGCGCGGAGGGAGAACUUCACCGGACCCUCCAGCCACCAGCCACACGUCCUGUAUCGGAGCAACGCACAGCCCCACACGAGACAUCAGAGACCCCGCGAGAACAGGAACCCCGGGGAGGAGAGCCACGUUCUCAGCAAGAGGUCCGCCGCGCUGCAACCGCAAAGACGCAGCACUAACGGUACGGAAACGGACGAAGAAGAGGGGUACGGCGACCUCCACGACCUCACCGUCAACAACAGCGGUCGCACCGGUCACCGUGGCGAUGGGAUACGACACCACGGCGACCAUGGCGAUGACUACAACCACGGGGAGAAGCAGAGGCAGCACUUCUGUGGGAGACGGAAGAAAUACAUGCCCAAGCCCCUGGAAGGAGACUCCUUCGUUCUCCCGGACGAGUACGCCAUCCCCCCCCGGAGCAAGAGGGAGGUGAUGAUGAAGAACCAACCGGGCGACCAGAAGCUCAACGUGGAGACGCUGGUGGUGGUGGACAAGAAGAUGAUGGACAACCACGGCCACGAGAACAUCACCACGUACGUCCUCACCGUGCUCAACAUGGUUUCGAGUCUAUUUAAAGACGGGACGAUAGGAGGGAACAUCAACAUCGCCAUCGUGGGCCUCGUACUGUUGGACGAGGAGCAGGACGGUCUGGUGAUCAACCACCACGCCGACCACACCCUGAACAGCUUCUGCCAGUGGCAGUCUGGCCUGGGGGGCAGGGGGGGGGCGCGCCACGACCACGCCAUCCUGCUCACCGGCCUGGACAUCUGCUCCUGGAAGAACGACCCCUGUGACACGCUCGGAUUCGCUCCCAUCAGCGGAAUGUGCAGCAAGUACAGGAGCUGCACCAUCAACGAGGACACUGGUCUGGGCCUGGCAUUCACCAUCGCACACGAGUCCGGACACAAUUUCGGGAUGGUCCACGACGGGGAGGGCAACGUAUGUAAGAAGUCUGAGGGGAACAUCAUGUCCCCCACGCUGGCCGGGCACAACGGAGUCUUCUCAUGGUCGCCCUGCAGCCGACAGUACCUCAGCCGCUUCCUGAAUUCAGCCCAGGCCCUGUGUCUAUCAGACGAGCCCAGAGCGUUGGAGGAGUACCAGUACCCAGAGAAGCUGCCAGGCGAGAUGUACGACGCAGACACGCAGUGCAAAUGGCAGUUUGGGGAGAAGGCCAAACUCUGCACCCUGGAUUUUAAGAAGGACAUCUGCAAGGCCCUGUGGUGCCAUCGCGUCGGGAGGAAGUGCGAGACCAAGUUCAUGCCAGCGGCCGAAGGCUCGUCCUGCGGGCCCGACAUGUGGUGCCGCCGGGGCCAGUGUGUGAAGCAGGGGGAGGAGGGCCCGCGGCCACAGCACGGGGGGUGGUCCCCGUGGUCCGCCUGGACCGCCUGCUCCCGCAGCUGUGAGAGCGGCGUCACCUACAGGGAGAGGCAGUGCACCGACCCCAGGCCGGCCUUCGGGGGGAAGUACUGCCAGGGCUCGUCCCGCUCCUACAAGCUGUGCAACACGGAGGACUGCCCGCCGGGCGCCGUCACCUUCAGGGCCCAGCAGUGCGCCGAACACAACGGGAAGCAGUUCAGGGGCUGGUACUACACCUGGAGGCCUUACACCCGAGUGGACGACCAGGACCUGUGUAAACUGUACUGCUUCGCUGAGGGCUACGACUUCUUCUUCGCCCUGGCCAGCAAAGUGAAGGACGGAACUCUGUGCUCCCAGGACGCGUCCAACGUCUGCAUCGACGGGCUCUGUGAGAAAGUGGGCUGUGACCGGGUGCUGGGCUCCAAGGCUGUGCCCGACAUUUGCGGCGUUUGCAACGGGGACAACUCCACCUGCAAGGUGUACAGGGGCCAGUACACCAAGCAGCACUACGGAAACCAGUAUUAUGGGGUGGUGACCCUCCCAGCCGGGGCCCGCAGCAUCCGCGUGGUGGAGCUGAACAGCUCCAGCUCCUACCUGGCUGUGCGGGACGCCCAGAGGCGCUACCACCUGAACGGCCGCUGGACCGUGGACUGGCCCGGCAGGCACCCCAUGGCGGGGGCCCUGUUCGAGUACAAGAGGCCCUACAACCGGCCCGAGAGCCUCACCUCAACGGGCCCCACCAACCAGACCCUCAUCGUGGAGAUCCUGGUCCAGGGCUGGAACCCCGGGGUGCGCUGGGAGUACACCCUGAAGAAGGCGGACGAGAAGAGGAGCACCGUGAAGCACAACUACACCUGGGCCAUUGUGAGGGCGCAGUGCUCAGCCAGCUGCGCCGGAGGCCAGAUGCACACCAAGCCGGCGUGCUACAAGGACCUGAGGGUCCAGGUGAACACGUCCCACUGCAGCGCCAAGGGCCGGCCUGCCACAGGACCCAUGCCCUGCAACACGCAGCCCUGCCCCGCCAGCUGGUCUGUCGGGGAGUGGGGGGCGUGCAGCCGGAGCUGUGGGGGGGGGGAUCAGACGCGGCAGGUCCAGUGCGUCCAGAGGACCAGCCACAGCAACGUGGACGCCCUGGCGGACCCCCAGUGUGUGCAGCCCCCCCCGGGCCGGAGGCAGGCCUGCAACUUGCACAGCUGCCCCCCCGUCUGGAGCCCCGGCCCCUGGUCACAGUGCUCUCGCUUGUGCGGCAAAGGCCUGAGGAAGAGGACAGUGUUGUGUACCAGCACGGCCCCCCCCCCGGGCCGGACCCACGCCCGUACCCUGCCGGAAAGCUCCUGCGCGGGUGUGCACAAGCCCAGCGGCCAGGAGAGCUGCUUCGUCAAGCGCUGCCCCAAGCAGCGCAAGGUGCAGUGGUUCGUCUCCACGUGGCAAGAGUGUUCUGUAACUUGUGGCCGUGGGUCCCAGACGCGAUUCAUCAAGUGUGCAGAAAAGGACACUGCGGGCAAAUACCGCGAGCUGGCGGCCAAGAAGUGCCACCACGUGCCCAAGCCGUCGGUGGCGCUUCAGAGACCCUGCGUCCUGGCCGACUGCCCCCCAGCCCGGACCAGCCCCCCGGGACACUAUCCCUGGAGCCCGCGUCAGCGCCUCCAGCCUCCCCCACCGCCUCCAGCCCCGGCCAAGCCCCAGCCUCAGCCUAAGUCUCCGCCUCCCCCUCCCACUGACUGGUACUCCUCGCCUUGGGCCCAGUGUUCGGUAUCAUGUGGUGGAGGGGUCCAGACCCGAGCGGUCCAGUGCCUUGCCCAGGGGAAGCCUGCCUCUGGGUGUCCAGCCCCCACUAAGCCCAGCGUCUCCCAGGCCUGCAACACCAGCUUCUGUCCCCAGCCUGAGAAGAAAGACCUGGGAUGCAAGGACCACUUCAGCUGGUGCCACCUGGUUCCGCAGCACGGCGUCUGCAGCCACAAGUUCUACGGCAAGCAGUGCUGCAAAUCCUGUUCCCAUUCAAACCUAUAAGCUAAGAAGAAGAUCACCACCGAGACAUACACAGAAAGACAGACAGAGAGACUGAUAGACUUCACAAAGAGACUGAGAUCCAGGCCCCGGCUUGGAUAGUUUUUUUGUUUCUUUCGUAGGGUGUGUGGCUGGCACUGACCAUCUGAAGACAUUUCAACGGAAGCGGAGAAGAGAUUACAGCGCGCUUUCUACUUCUUGCGAUGCUGGACAUCUGGAUACAAGAUCUUGAACCUGAAAGCACUACGGAGGAAUGUGUUGGGGGACAUCGAAAUAAAGGGGAGACUCAGAAUACGACCAUUGAACCGUGUGGGGGAAAACAAGAUAGUUCUAAUAAAAAAAUAUUUGAGUGAUUACAUCUAAAAUGGCUAAAUCACACCCCCUGUUUGUAUUGUUUCAGAGAACAGAUCUAUUCCUCCCGAGAAUGCCAAACCUUCUGUCAUUGGUCCAAAGAGAGCCGUUGCCAACUUAAAGAGCUGGGCUUAAUUUCCUCGAAGGAAGUGAUAAAAAAGGCUUUUCCCUGUGCAGAGAUUGCAACCUCAGUGACCAGACAACGGAGUGAAUCCCAGAACAGGGCCAUAGAAGAAAUCCCUGGCUUGCUUAAGGGAGAAGAGACUCAUGUUUCAAUUCAAUACGGUUAUUUCAAAAUGGCCACCGUCAGAAAGUACUGUACUAAAACUUUCAGCAUUGGCCUCAGGUGAGCGGAUGUAUGUUGAUGUUCAUCACUUGUUGUGUUACAUGUAAAGAAGUAUUACAUACAUGAGGAAAUGGAGGGGUUUGGUGGACUGAAGCCUCUCAACACAUUGGUGCUAUCGUGUAGUAAUGUCAUAGCGUGUGCGAUUCUGACGUGAACUGCCAAGACUCAGACUUUCGGAAAGGACUUCCUGGGCAAACCAUGUACAGUGUUGCUUGUUUUUAUUAUUUAUUGGCGUAACAGUACAGUACUGCAGGAAAACCGAAUUUGUAAGCGGUAAGGAUUGAUUGUGUCAGUUUGUUAAUUGUAUCAUACCCCCCCCCUCCCUAAUUACCCUUUGUCAUCAAUUGUAUCGCAUACUGCAAGGUUCUGCGUAAGCCUGCACUUUUUUCUUUUUUUUUACAUUUUACAUUUUAUGUUCCGAGGAAUCUUUUUUUUUCAUAUUGAUUGACCCAUUAAAGAAUCCUGUUUUAAUAGA